AUGGUGAAUCAAGUUGUCAUGUUCAUAUUUGACGACAAAAAAUGCACAAACGUGGCAUACCACAGUUUGAAAGAUAAUGUUAAUUGCAAGAUGGAUUUGGCAUUUGAUCUGUCCCUUUCUGCUCUUUUGGGAGAUAACAUCUACAACUUUGGAGAACUCCUUGCUCAUCCAAUUAUAAAGAGUCUUCUGGGGACUAAGGUGGAGUGGCUUUAUUAUAUCCUUCAAGCUUUCAACACAGGGAGUUUGGUUCGCUAUGAAGAAUUGUGUCGUGUGCACAAUGCUGCAUUGAGGGCUCAAUCAGCCUUGGUUGAGAAUGAGAAGCAGCUGUUGGAAAAAAUUAAUAUUCUAUGCUUGAUGGAGAUUAUCUUCAGCCGCCCAUCCGAGGAUCGAACUAUUCCAUUAAAAGUUAUUGCUGAGAGAACAAAACUGUCAAUUGAGGAUGUUGAGCAUCUUCUCAUGAAGAGCCUGUCUGGAAUGCAAAUUAUUAAAGGGGAUCCAAGGACUGUAGCUUCCACCUUUGAGACCACCCCUUCUCCACCUCAGGCCAACAUCAACGUUGGAGACUUACUGAGUAAUGCUUUAGCCCUAGCCACAGUUCCAACUGAUUCAGAUACUGCAUCGACGUUUAAUUUUAAUGUUGGUCAAUCGAAGGAUUUUGAUUCGAUUAGAUGGGAACUUGCCCUUGUCACCGCACCGAGCACCAACAUUUCUGCAGCUAGUGGAAGGCAAUUGUGCAAAUGGCAGGAAUGCCACAAUCGCAACAAUCCUUUUGGCGCUUACCAUCCAUAG